AUGGGAAAAAAGCACAAACAGGCGCACGCAGCUCUCUUUCGCACACACUUUACUCCACUGUGCGAGCGCGUGUGUGUGUGUGUUAUUUUUUGAGAAAAGCAAAGAGAGCAAGUGAGAACCAACACCGAUGCAAAUCAUUUUGUUGGCUUUAUGCCAGCACGCAGCGUUUCCAACCAGCAGAGAAUAAAACAAGUUAGUGCACAAAAAGAAACAGGAGCUGUGCACAAACUGCACCGAGCAAACGCAACUGGCCACGCCAUUGUGAGGGCAACAACAAUAACAACUGGCGAAAAGGGCUGCGCAAAAACGUAAACAAAAGCAAGUUGAAAACGGGGCAAAGAAAAAGGCAAAAGCAAAUGCAAAUGCAAAAGUAAAACCAAAGGAAAGCCAGUGGAAAACAAAGCCUCGAAAGCUGAAGACAAAGAGGAACGGAAGUGGAGCGGGGAGGCCAACGAGCGCAAGAGGAACAGGAAGAGGAAGAGAGAAGAAGGAGCAGCAGAAGCAGCAGCAGCACCAGCAGCUGAAGCAGAAGCAGAAGCGCAAAACAGAAUCCGAAAAAUGGACUCGGACAAUGACAAUGAUUUCUGCGAUAAUGUCGAUUCGGGCAACGUUUCCUCGGGCGACGACGGCGAUGACGACUUCGGCAUGGAGGUGGACCUGCCGAGCUCCGCGGAGCGCCAGCUGGACCAAGAUGACUACCAGUACAAGGUGCUCACCACCGAUGAGAUUGUGCAACACCAGCGGGAGAUCAUCGACGAAGCCAAUCUGCUGCUAAAGCUACCCACACCCACUGCGCGGAUACUGCUUAAUCACUUCAAGUGGGACAAGGAGAAGCUAUUGGAGAAGUACUUCGACGACAACACCGAGGAGUUCUUCAAAUGCGCACACGUCAUAAAUCCUUUCAACAACGCCACCGAAGCGGUCAGACAAAAGACCACACGAAGUCAGUGCGAAGAGUGCGAAAUAUGCUUUUCACUGCUCCCGCCAGAUUCCAUGACCGGGCUGGAGUGCGGACACCGCUUCUGCAUGAUCUGUUGGCACGAGUAUCUGUCAACGAAGAUCGUGACGGAGGGUCUGGGCCAGACCAUUUCGUGCGCGGCGCACGGCUGUGAUAUACUGGUGGACGACGUGACCGUCACCAAGCUGGUGAUGGACGCACGGGUGCGGGUCAAGUACCAGCAGCUGAUCACCAAUAGCUUUGUGGAGUGCAACCAGCUGCUGCGCUGGUGUCCGUCCGUUGACUGCACCUAUGCGGUGAAGGUGCCGUACGCGGAGCCCCGUCGCGUCCACUGCAAGUGCGGCCAUGUCUUCUGCUUCGCCUGCGGCGAGAACUGGCACGAUCCGGUCAAGUGUCGUUGGCUGAAGAAGUGGAUCAAGAAGUGCGACGACGACUCGGAGACGUCCAACUGGAUCGCGGCCAAUACCAAAGAGUGUCCCAAGUGCAGCGUGACCAUUGAGAAGGACGGCGGCUGCAACCACAUGGUGUGCAAGAACCAGAACUGCAAGCACGAGUUCUGCUGGGUCUGCCUCGGUUCCUGGGAGCCGCACGGCUCCUCCUGGUACAACUGCAACCGCUAUGACGAGGACGAGGCCAAGACCGCCCGCGAUGCUCAGGAGAAGCUGCGCUCCUCGCUGGCCAGAUAUCUCCACUACUAUAAUCGCUACAUGAACCACAUGCAGUCGAUGAAGUUUGAGAACAAAUUGUAUGCAUCUGUGAAGCAAAAAAUGGAGGAGAUGCAGCAGCACAACAUGUCAUGGAUUGAGGUGCAGUUUCUGAAAAAGGCUGUCGACAUACUUUGCCAGUGCCGUCAGACUCUCAUGUACACGUACGUGUUUGCAUAUUACUUGAAAAAGAACAAUCAAUCCAUGAUAUUCGAGGAUAAUCAAAAGGACUUGGAGUCGGCAACCGAGACGUUGUCGGAGUAUUUGGAACGUGAUAUUACAUCCGAGAAUUUGGCUGAUAUUAAGCAGAAAGUGCAAGAUAAAUACAGGUAUUGUGAAAAGCGGUGCUCUGUUCUGCUGAAGCACGUGCACGAGGGGUACGACAAGGAGUGGUGGGAGUACACAGAAUGACGAGAGUCAUGGCUGGAUAACUAAGCUAAGCCUAGCGGCAGGCAAUCGGAAUGUAGUGCCCGCUAAACGCCUCCACAUCCAGCAUCCGAAAUGCACCACACACUGUCCCCAUCCACAUAGCGACCAAUACCCACCCACCCUCACACACACACACCUACUCCCACACCCACACCGAAAUCGAAGCCGAAGAAGUUGAACAGAAGUUAAGGAUAAUGCAGAAGCUACACAGAAAGGCAAAAGGAAGGAAACACGGAACUCCCACAUGAUAAAUCCCCCCACACAAGAGUUGCAAAGCAAAAUUGAAGCCAUUUCAGAAACACUGUGAAGCCAGAAGGAAAUCAACAUAAAACCGUAAUAUAUAUGAAUAUAUAUAAUGAUAUAUAUAUUUCUUCGUAAAGAGCAGCAGCAGCAGCAGGACACGAAGCAGGACAGGAUCAGAUAGACACUACCACACACAUACACACACACACAGAGAACCAGUCACAAGGAUCAGCAGCAGCAUAUAUAUAUAGUAAAUAAUCAACAGUUACAAACUUAUUUGAUGUUAACCGAUUGCAAAGAGAUCUUCAUGUUAUCAAAACCUAAAGAAAAACGAAACAAAAAAUGAAAAAUUAGUGAAUUCAAAGCUACACGAAUGAGAAACCAACAAUAGAACCUAAACUUAUGUGAAAUAAACUACACAUGUAAGAAACACUCGCCCAGCUUCCUUCCCACCUGCCCAACUUCCUUCGACCUUCUACGUCCCGUUCUAAACCCGUUUAGGCUUGAGGUUAGCGUUAUUGUUCUUUAGUUUCAAUCUCAGACCCAGUUCGAUUUUGAAUUUCGAAUUUCUUCCAGUUUGUUAAGCUUUUUUUUUUUUGUAAUGAUUUUCCCUCUUUUUAUUUUGUUUUCUGUUCAAUAAACAAUUGUGCCUAGCAUA